UGGGCACCAAGUUUGGGCACACUGCAUCUUUGCUCGCAAAAUCGCGAAACGCAAAAAAUUAAAUUAGCUUUAUCAAGUUGUGUUGGUGAAAAGGAAACUGAAAAAGUAUAUAUAUUUUAACGUUUGAAAGAUCAGCCAAAGAAACAAACAACAAGAAAAGGCAUUAUAAUAAAUAUUCUCUGUUCUUGUUGUGCCUGUGUGUUUGAGUGUUCUCGUGUCGGUGUGCGGUUUCUGUUUAUUAGUGUGCGUGUGCGUAUAGCUGUCACUUUCUGGCGCGCGCACAAGAUAUAUACACACAGAAAUUUGAAAAAGCAGUGGCCCCCAAACGCCCCACGCCCCCUUUCCAGACAGCCGCCCCCGACGUUGCCUUCUCGCCUGGAUGUGUGCGCCCGGUUCCGGUGCCGUUUGGUUACCGUUCUGGAUCUGGAAACAGUGUGCGUGCGAGUGAGAGGGCACCAUUUAGCAGCCAAAGGAGCAAGAGAAGGAGCAGCAGAGGAGCUCGAGUUGCCGGUACCGUUACAGAUCAAAAACAUACACGCGAAAAAGGAGUGGAAGGAGCGCAGUUCCAGUAUUCAAGACAAGCUGAUCGAACAAACACAAAAAAAAAAAAGGAGAAAAACAAAGUGAGCACCAUUACCAUUCCACUAUUCCACGGGAACGAGGAGCAAGUGGACGAGUGGAGGAAACCCGGAACCAGGAGAACUCCCCUUGAGACCCUGAGAUGUUGCCAUUCACCCCGCAGGUGGUCAAGCGUUUGUUAGCACUCAAAAAGGGCAACGAGGACAACAGCGUCGAGGGCAAGUGGUCGGAGAAGGCCGUCAAGAAUCUGGUCAAGAAGAUCAAGAAGAAUUCGCAGCUGGAGGAGCUAGAGCGGGCGAUCUCCACACAGAACUGCCAGACGCGGUGCGUGACGGUGCCGCGCAGCAAGCCAGCUCCCGCCGGCGAGCAUCUGCGCAAGGGUCUGCCGCACGUCAUCUACUGCCGUUUGUGGCGCUGGCCGGAUCUCCAGUCGCAGAAUGAACUAAAGCCCCUCGACCACUGCGAAUACGCCUUCCAUCUGCGCAAAGAGGAGAUCUGCAUCAAUCCGUACCACUACAAGAAGAUCGAAUUGUCGAUCCUGGUGCCCAAAUCGCUGCCCACGCCGCCCGACUCCAUUGUGGACUAUCCGCUGGACAACCAUACGCACCAGAUACCCAACAACACCGACUACAAUGCGGCGAUAAUCCGCAGCGCCUCGUUGAGUCCGCCGCAGUACAUGGAAUUGGGCGGUGCCGGGCCCGUUUCCGUAUCGUCCACCAGUUCGACACCCGCCACAGCCGCCGGAGGCGGUGGUGCCUCCUCCUCCUCGUCGUCCUCGUCCGCCGCCUCCGCCUACCAACAGCAGCAGCAGCAGCUGUCCUUUGGCCAAAACAUGGACUCGCAGUCGAGUGUGCUCAGCGUGGGCAGCAGCAUUCCCAACACCGGCACCCCUCCGCCCGGCUAUAUGAGCGAGGAUGGUGACCCCAUCGAUCCCAACGACAACAUGAACAUGUCGCGUCUAACGCCGCCCGCCGAUGCAGCCCCAGUGAUGUACCACGAGCCGGCCUUCUGGUGUUCCAUCUCCUACUACGAGCUGAAUACGCGCGUCGGCGAGACCUUCCACGCCUCGCAGCCAUCGAUCACGGUGGACGGCUUCACCGAUCCCUCCAACUCGGAGCGCUUCUGCCUCGGCCUGCUGUCCAAUGUGAAUCGCAACGAGGUCGUGGAGCAGACGCGUCGUCACAUUGGCAAGGGAGUACGGCUGUACUACAUUGGCGGGGAAGUGUUCGCCGAAUGCCUCAGCGACUCGUCCAUCUUUGUACAGAGCCCGAAUUGCAACCAGCGCUACGGCUGGCAUCCGGCCACCGUCUGCAAGAUCCCGCCCGGCUGCAACCUGAAGAUCUUCAACAACCAGGAGUUCGCCGCCCUGCUGUCGCAGUCCGUGUCGCAGGGCUUCGAGGCCGUCUACCAGUUGACGCGCAUGUGCACCAUCCGCAUGUCGUUCGUAAAGGGCUGGGGUGCCGAGUAUCGCCGCCAGACGGUCACCUCGACGCCCUGCUGGAUCGAACUCCAUCUGAACGGGCCGCUCCAGUGGCUGGAUCGCGUGCUCACACAGAUGGGUUCGCCGCGGCUGCCGUGCAGCUCCAUGUCGUAAGCGCAGCGGCCGGUUCCGGUUUUCAAUUUUCCCCUUCCCAGUUGCCCGCACCGUAAGCGACGGAGAUUAAGCCCAUUUUGAGCUGACAAGAAACCAAGAAAGCCCAGUACGGCGCUGACAAGUCACACUGAAGAACUGCAGCAGCAAGGAUACCAUCCUCAAGAAUUUGCUGCAUUCAGUUACAUUUACUCAGUCUUAUUGGCAAAAAAUUUCGAAUUUCAAAAUUGCUUACUUUUGAUCGAUUUUUAUUUAAACUACCUGAGCAUAUAUGCAGUUAAAGAUUGAAAUACCUUUGCAAAGGUAUUAACCAGGAAAAUUAAAUAUAAAUCGGCAAGAAAGUGUACAAAUUUAAAACGAAGAAUAGCUGGGCAUGCGGAAAUUCAAAUCUUGCUGAACUAAUUAUUGAACCGUCUGUCCUACCAAGUAUUUCUUGAAAAGGCUCGCAAAAACCGAAAAUACUAUAAAUUUCUUUGUUUAUGUUUAUAAAACUCACACACUUCUUCAGUGUUACUUGUCAGAACCUCGACGGGAAAGCAAAAUGAGAAUCGGAAUUGGUUUCAAAGAGAAAACCAAGAAAAAUUCUGAGAGCACAUAUGAAAUAAGUUCAGGCAAAUUAUAUACGAGUACAUACUUGAGUAAUUGAAAACCAGUGGUAGAUGCAAACCAGAUACAGAUACAGAUACAGAUAUAUCUAUAUACAAAGAGCACACACUUACAUGUGGGAUAUAUAUAUCUUUACAAGCAUAUAUGAAAGAGAGAGAGCAUGUAUUUGGCGUUACAAGUUUAGGACUAUAUAUUGUGUAGGUGGAAACGUGAAGAGUUACAGUUUUCGAUAAGAAGCAACAAUUUUUUUAAACAUUUUACACACAAAAAUGAGCAAAAAAAUAACCUAAAUGAAACCGACCAGGAACACACAAAACCAAAAGAACCCCGAAUCUGUGUGCGUAGAGUUGGUUAGCGCUAGAAGCGAGAGAGUCAAAAUUCUUUGAGAAAGAAGCAAAACAAUUAUAUCGGUGAUUUGAAACAAAAAGAAAAGAAAAGAAAUGAAAAGGAUAAGGAUAAGGAUGAGCAAAACAGGAACUGGGAUUUAUCAAGCUUGAAGCUUACACACACAGACACACUCUACCAUACAUUGCAAAUGUACAUAAGACCAAAAGAAUGAAAUUAUUCACGCAGGACCUCCACUUGAUCGAGUAUGGGAUUAUAGAUAUAUCCGUUUGAUGAUGGUUGUUACACGUUUGGAUUUUCGCUUAGUACGUGUGUGUGUUAAAAAUUCGUCAACUCUCAAAAUGAAGUCAGCAGAUUAAGCAGCUCUUGUUAGUCGUAAUAUCCGUAAAAUGCGAUCAUAUAUCCUAUAUGUAAAGCACUUGCCCAACAAAAUUUGUGUGCCGCAAACCAAGUCAGACCCAUCUAAUGGUCCCAUUUUGUUCAGAACUGCAUUUAUUGUGUACCAAAUGAGAGAUUCUAAUUUCCUUAUCACCCUUUGGAUUCGAACCAAUAGCUUAAGCAUUUGUGUUGGAAUCAAUAUGCAAUAUGGUUUGCCGGUGUUGAGCGGAUUUUGCUUGGCAAGUGCACGUUUUUCUUGGGUCUAGAUCUUAAGUCUAUAUAUGUAACAAAAUUCGCUAGCUUAUAUUGACAUUUAAAGAGCCCAAAUCAGUUUAAGUUCGACUUCAAUUUGGUUUUACUUCCUUGCUAUCCUUGCUGAUUAUUAAAAAUUUUUUUUUUUUGUUCACUGCUUCGCUGUUACAACCAAAAAUAUCUGUACCGCCGCUCUUGCCAUCUGGCUUCGGCGUACCUUUAAUUUAAGUUUUGUCUAUUGUUUUACCCCUUUGUUGCUUUUAAGUUUCUCACGUAGUUUUGUGUGAAGACAGUUAAUCCUGAUUGGCAAUCAAUCGAAUAAACGACCGCGACCGAGAUUUUGUUUUGUUAAUUGGCUCAAAUCACGGUUUUGAACCGCCCUCGGGUUUUUUGAUUAAUUAAUUGUUUUAUGUAUUGUAUAUCCGGCUAAACCCGCUAAUAAUGUAAUGUAAUCUUUAAGUUAUGCCUAACGAAACAAAGCAAAGCAAAGAAGGCGAACAUACAGCAACAGUCAGCAGUCCUCAAAUCCGAUCGGCAGAUCGGACGAGAACACAACCAGAGAAUCAGCAACCCCGUACCCGUAACUUUAUAAAGUAUAAAUACAAAUAUAUACAUAUAUCUAAUAUGCAAGCAUGCAGAUAAAGACAAACAGAAUUCGUAUAUAUUAAUAAACACUUAUAUUGAAUGGAA